CUAUGAAGUCACUCCCGUUUAGGUGGAAAAUCAGAAGCAGCGCUUUUCUCUCCGCAGAGUUACACAGGGACAACUGUAACACUCUGUACACUCUCACUCGACAUCGACUUUGUAAACUCGCUGUUUUGUAAACUCAAUCGACAACUAACUUAAUUUAGUUAACUCUCACAACUAGUCAUUCAAUUAAGUCACACUCGACAGCUCAAGUCGUUGUGGUCCCGGACACAGGACUAACCCAGGACUCCCUGGACCACUAACCCUUCGCUGAGCCUCACUACGGAGUGAAAACAUCAUCAACGUGUUGAAUACAGCUGUCCUACCUGUCCCGGAUCUACCUUUCCCGGAUUACCUGCCCCGGCCUUACCUGUCCCGGACCUACCUGUACCGGGCCUAUACCUUCCCCGGACCUAUCCGGACCUACCUGUCCCGGAAAUAUCUGUCCCGGAACUACCUGUCCCGGACAAACCUGUCCCAGACACACCUGUCCCAGACCUACCUAUAACAGAACUACCUGUCCCGGGCCUACCUGUCCCGGAACUACCAGGACCUACUUGUCCCGGCCCUACCUGUCCCAGGUCUACCUUUCUCGGACCUACCUGCCCCGGCAGACCCGUCUCAGAGUAACGGAUGACCUCUCACGCGCUGCCAAUGCUCCUGGCGUUCGCCUGCCUGCUAAGAAUGCCGUCACGCGCCAGCGCCGCCACAUGUGAGCCGGUCCGGAUCCCGCUUUGUGGCUCCAUGCCCUGGAACAUGACCAAGAUGCCCAACCAUCUGCACCACAGCACCCAGGCCAACGCGGUGCUAGCCAUAGAGCAGUUUGAAGGAUUACUGGGUACAGGCUGCAGUCCGGACCUACUGUUCCUCCUGUGUGCCAUGUACGCUCCCAUCUGCACCAUCGACUUCCAGCACGAGCCCAUCAAGCCCUGCAAGGCGGUGUGUGAGAGGGCCAAGUCAGGCUGCGAGCCCGUCAUGAAGCUCUACAACCACAGCUGGCCUGAGAGCCUGUCCUGCAGUGAGCUGCCCCUCUAUGACCGGGGCGUCUGCAUCUCCCCCGAGGCCAUCGUCAAGGCCGAGGGCCCAGAUCCGUACUAUCAGGACCCAGCCAGGUGUGCCCCAGAAUUAAGUCCAGACUUUCCCAACAACCUCCACUGCAAAGGACCUAAUGAAGAUCGAUGUACCUGUAAGACAGUUCGACUGAGCUUGAAGACUUACCUAAAGAACAACUAUAAUUAUGUGAUCAGGGCCAGGGUGAAGGAGGUGAGGACUCGGGGUCAGGAGCUCACGGCCACCGUGGAGGUGAAGGAGGUGUUUAAGUCCUCGCUGGUGAACAUCCCCAGAGAAACCAACACCCUGUUCUACAUCUCGUCCUGCCCCUGCCCCCCGCUCUCCCCAGGGGUGGAUUACAUCAUCCUGGGCUACGAGAACAAGGAGACGUCCAGACUGCUCCUUAUUGAAGGUUCUGUUGCCCAGAAGUGGAAAGACAGGAUAGGAAGAAAGGUGAAGCGCUGGGACCAGGUGCUCCAGGAGAGGACCUCAGGGAGAGCAGCUCAGCGUGGCGUCCACCACUGAGACCUUGUGUGUGGGCUCACACAACGUAACAUACACAAUACAAUACAAAUAUAACCACAACCAAAGUACUACUCUUAUACCACAGUAGACCCACAUGACAAUACUACACUAUACUGCACUAACAUGACAAUACUACACUAUACUGCACCAACAAUAAAAUACUACACCAACAUGACAAUACUACACCAUACUGCACCAACAUGAAAAUACUACACCAUACUGCACCAACAUGACAGUACUUCACCAUACUGCACCAACAUGACAAUACUACACCAUACUGCACCAACAUGAUAAUACUACACUAUACUGCACCAACAUUACAAUACUACACUAUAUGAGACCAACAUUACAAUACUACACUAUGAGGUCCACAGACUAUUUACUUUAAUAAACUUGAAUAACACUUUUAUUAUAUAUAUAUAUUAUAAGUAUUAUUAUUAAUAAUAAAGCAUGACCCUACAAUACUGUACUUCUAUACUACAUGUUACCAUAGCAACAUGACAGUACAAUGCUGCACUACUAUACUACAUGUUACCAUAACAUUGUACUGUACAAUACUGUACUUCUAUACUACAUGUUGUCAUAGCAACAUGACCCUGCGAUACUGCACUACUAUACUACAGGUUGCCAUAGCAACAUGACCCUGCAAUACUGCACUACUAUAUUUCAUGUUACCAUAGCAACAUGACCGUACAAUACUGCACUACUAUACUACAUGUUACCAUAGCAACAUGAACGUACAAUACUGCACUACUAUACUACAUGUUACCAUAGCAACAUGACCGUAAAAUAGUGCACUACUAUAUGUUACCAUAGUAACAUGACCGUACAAUACUGCACUACUAUACUACAUGUUAUCAUAGCAACAUGGCCGUACAAUACUGCCUCACAAAUGAAUCAGAUUUGCCCCAACAAUCAAUACGAUACAAUGACUAUUACAACUAUUUAUUCCGUCUAUUUUAGGUAUAAAGAGGUUAUAUUCACUAAAUGGGCUACAUUUAUAAAGUGAAUAAAUAUUUACCCUAUCAUUCAAAAGAAUGUGUUACUUAGCUUUGAUUGUGAAAGGUUUAGCUCGGUGUGAAAACUUUCCGAUAACCGAACACAAUGAGUGGAAACGCAGUGAGAACGGUGAGGCAGAAAAAGAAUGUGCAAAUGUUUCAGCUUUAGCUCAAAGGUAACUUCAGUGGUUUGUCUGAAUUCUCCCAACAACCAUACCACUCAUGGAGUAUACUAACUAUAAUAGAAAAUUUCUGGAGAAUUAUUAUAAACAUAUACGUAAUAUAUCUAAAGGCAUACAUAUAAUAAUGUAUACAUAUAUAUUUGGUUGGCUGGUUGCUUCUCUUAGUGUCCUAUAAUGUGGGUGACCAGAAAAUUGCCAAAACCAAUGGUAUUAAGGAAAAGCCUGUUUAAUUAGAAACUAUACAGGUUAACCCAAAAUGAAGGUAAGAAUAGUCAUCUUAUUUAAUGACACGAAGGUUAACUGAUCAAAUGUCUGACGCUGUCCCUCACACCAGAGCUGCGGUCGAAGUAGUGGCCAUGAUAGCUGUUUGAAUUCUUUAAAUGAUAAGGAAAGGUGCUUCGAGGCUUCCUUUCUUGUCUUCCUUUAGCAUAGCGUACACUGGAGCUUCCUUUAGGGAAGGACAGGAGAUAAUACGACCAUCAACAUGACAACUAUUUUCAUGCAACCAUACUAAUAGGGAUUUAUGUCGAUAGUUAUGAGUGGACAGGAGGGUGAGAGUUUGGCUGCUCCUUGGAUUGCAGGUCAUCAGGGGAACCAUGUUGAAUGGUAGUCCUUCAGCCAGCAGGAGGGAACCCAGCGAUACCCUGUCCCUCAUCACGUCACCCCAUCCCUCUGCCUCAGGACGUCUAGGCGCCAGUGGCAGGGAAGCAUUUCCAUGAUCAUCUUAAAUCCUACAAAAUGUUGAAGAUUUGCAGAUUGAGAAAACUGAUGUGCUACUCUGCUGCUGCUUUCAUGAUACUUUGAAAUCCAUUGUAGGGGGUCUGGUCUGUGACUCGGCUGAAUGUCUGUCCCAGGAGGUCAGAGCGGAGAGUCCUGGCAUUCCUUUUCCGUUGUAGCAUAUCACUUUUCACAGUGUGCCAACUUCCUGCCUAUGUAUAUCACAGAGUAUUACCCACUGUUGUCGAGAGGACUCCUAGACCCAGCUCUGAGCCGUCAACCUGCACCACAAACCUGAGGGCCUUAGCACUAGCAGACAGCAGAGCCUCUUCUGCAGCUGCGGCCUGCUUCACCAUCUUAGAGUGUCACUAAGAGUGUCACAAUAUUAGAGUGUCAUUUAGAGUGUCACCAUCUAUGAGUGUCACUUAGAGUCUCACACACAGUUGCGGCCACAGGACCGCAUAUCAUAUAUGUGUUAAGUUCUCUUUGCCGAAAUUGACAUGACGACUCAGUGUUUCUGAAGUUGUAGAAGAAAAGUAUAUUCCAUGUGUAAAUUAGGCCUAUUAUUUGGCCAUAAACUGAGCCAUUUGAAGUUUGAAAUUCAUGUGGUCAUGCAUCUGUCUCAGCGGAGAUCGCAAACGCGCUGUUAAAAUAUCAACUCGUCAAGCUAAAAUUAGCUGGCUCUUAAAGGGGAUGGGAGAUGGAACUCUCAUUGGUUUGUUGCACGAUACACCCAAAACACACCUAUGGGUUUUAGACCAACCCUUUUUAGAUUUGCGUCGGACGCAAGAGUCACUUAUCCGCCGGUAUAAUAGCAACAGCAGCCACAAAGCUACGUGCGUUUCGCGCUUCUCACUUGCGUUUCAGACCGUUAAAAUAGGGCCCUUACUGUGCGUUCACACCAAACGCCACAUUUGUCGCCUGGUCGCGGUGUCGCCUGAGUUUGGUUGCAAGACAAGGGUAGGGAUAGGGAUUUGUGCAAGUUUUAUCACGCUACGCAGGCUAUUCAAAAUAUCAUCCGGAAUACCUGUGUUUUGAAAGCUAUCUUAAUUAUUUUACACAUUUUAAACAUCUCUGAUCAUAAUUUUAAAACAUUUGAAACAUAUUUUUGAAACAUAUUUUAAACAUAUUUCUGAAACAUGAGAGAGUCGAAUCAGAUCUGCCUUUUCAGUCCAGAGAUUCGACUAUUCGGCGGGGUUUGUUUACCGGCGUUGCUAUGGUGACCUCAAUUAUUAUAAGCAACUGAAAACGAUGCUGGUUUGAAACUAAAACUGUGAUUCUGAAAAAAAUAUUAAUGCUAUAAACAUUCCGUUUUGAUAGUAUUGAAGAUACAAGUGUGUAGAUUUGUUUAAUGGAAUUUGAACGAUGGUAAAGGGUUGAAAAAUGAAUGAGUUACGAUGUCUAGAAGUAGGUGUAUCAGAAUGGGCUGACGUCUUCAAUGAAAACAGCUGAAAACGAAGCGAUAUGAAACUAAAACUGUGAUUCUGAAGAAAUUUUAAAUGAUAUCGAAAUUCUGUUUAAAUAUUAUUGAAGAUACAAGUGUGUAGAUUUGUUAAAUGGUUUGCACGAAGAUAAACGGUUGAAAAUUGAUUUAGUUAUUAUGUUACUUCUACAGUUGAAGUACGAGUGAUGAUUUGAAUCAUCGACUUUCAGGGUUUUUUUCGGGUUUAUUUUUUUCUCACGUCGCGCCCCCCCUGAAGAACUCUGGCGCCCCCCAGGGGGGGCGCGCCCCACAGUUUGAAAACCACUGUUAUAUAGUAUAUAUAUAUAGAGAUAUUUAUAUAUUAGAUUAUCUAAUAUUAUAUACUUUUAUAUAUAGAGCUCCGGGAGUCACAAACAGCAACAAUCACUUUCUCCUCCAUGCUGCGGUUCACUCCGGACUGCACUGCAGGGAACGGUUGGCCGGUUGGCCGGUUGAUCGCUGAUUGACUGUCACGUUACGUCACUCAGGGAGUGAAAGCUGAUUGGCUGUCAUCACGCGACUGUCGCGGCAAAAGUUCAAAUAUUUCAACUCGAGCGGCGUGUCGCGUCGUGUCGCUCUACUAAAUCCUUGUGGAUGCGCUCGCGCGUACCAGGGCGUUCAUGUAGCGCCACAUGUCAAAUCUUGGCGCAGGUUUUCGAGCGACAAAUGUCGCCUGAUACGCGUCUCUACGUUAACUUUGUAUGUAGCCAUGUCGUCGCGUCGCGUUUGGUGUGAGCGCACCGUAAGUGUCACGAUAUCAGAGUGUCACUUAGAGUGUCACCAUCUUAGGGUGUCACUUAGCGCUUCUGAAUGUCAAGCACUAAGUAAAACGGUUCUGUACAAGUCUCAGGUCUGGUACGAUUAGGUGCGGUAGGUGUAGUACAGUUAGGUUCGGUUAGGUGCGGCUCAGUUACGGCUCGGGUUUCUACCGCCGACAGUACCCUCAUGGUACGGCAGGCAGCUACGUAAGCAUCGUGACAUCAUAGCCUGACACAGUGUAGCCUGCUAAUAAAUUCAAUGAAAAAGAAAAACGCAACACAUUUAACAAAGAGCAACAAUGGAGGAAGUCCAAGUAGGACGGCAAGCUUUUGCGCAACAUUUUCUUCAAUAAACAAAGCUUUCCCAGUUGUCCAGAAUCGGCACGGAAGUGAUGAUUCUUUCGACCAAUCGACCGGCGUGUGUAGGUCCAACUUCCGGCACCAUUCAGACCGCUUGAUACCCCAACCGAAGGGCCCUGCAAAUAGGUACGGUUAUACGUGGCUAAGUCCGGAGGCAGACAGCAGAGAGAGAGACAGAAACGGAAAUGUGACAAAGGCCUUGUCAGGAUAAAUAGCUUCACUGUCCUCCUCCUCCUCACUUUCUCUCCCGUACAACAGAUUUUCCUCAGUAUGCGUUUGGAUCCAAAACACAUGUUCUCCCUCUGAAACACAGCCGUCUCCAGCAUGAGUCCGACUACAGACUAGGAUAUAGAGCACUAAGUUAAGUAAUCAAUAGUUACUGCUUGCACUGAAGUGACUUUACUUACAUAAUGGGUUGGGCUAUGGAAAGAACUAGAGCAAGGGUUAAGUAGUCGUUAACUGGGUCAGGGUUAGUUAGUGCUAGGGUAAGUAGUUGACCACUUGGUUAGGGUUAGUUAGUCGACAACUAGGUUUGACUUUUAUUCGUAAACUAGGUAAUGGUAGAUUCUGGUUAGUAUGUUGAUAACUAAGUUAUGGUUAGUUAGCUGAAUCCCUAAAUGGAAAUAAAACCAGUUUAUGAACCUGCUGUCAACCGUUUAAGAUGAGAGACAGGGCAACCCGGUAUCACGCCAAGGGGUAAAAUAGAUACGUCUGUCCACAUCGCAAGGCGUGUUCAGGGUCACGCUUUGCCUGACCAAAGCGUCACCCUGAACACGCGUCCUUCUCCAUUCGAAAUGAAUGGGGGAAUAGCACCAACAGCGGGCGAUACGUUCUCCGAGCAUUUGGUGAAAUUGUUACGUAGACAUAUUAAUCGUUAUUAUCUGAAUGGGAAAUGCAAUAUUUUAGGACAGAUACACCAUUAAACGUGUUUCUAAUGACAUUUCUAGCGAGAAAUUUACAUUUUCCUUGCAUAAUCCUCAGUCAGUGAAUGUGUAUGAUCUUUAUUAAUCUUCAUUAUCUGAAUGGGAAAUGCAAUAUUUUACCGUUAAACGUGUUUCUAAUAACAUUUCUAGUGAGAAAUAUACUUUUUACUUGCAUAAUCUUCAGUCAGUGAUUGUGUCUGAUCUUUAGUUUUAUAGUUAUUAGGAAGAUUUAAUCGGCUCGCUCGCAUGUUUCAACGACGUCAGGUUGCUAGGGACGUUGCUUUCGCUAAACUAGCAGCUCACGUGUUUCCUGUGUUUACGUAAUUAAACCAUUACUUUAUGUAACUUUUAAUGAUAUUGUAAUAACCACAGGCGAGGUAUUGAGCGAAGUAAGCUCGAUAGCAGGUUUAUUGGAUUCCACAAUCGGACAGGCAGGCACAGCUCCACCGGAAAACUACAACAACCAAAACUCCCGCCCGGAAGGAAACCCCCGGAAC